GUUUAUUUUUGGCUCAGGCGCGUGUCCGUUGUAUCGGGGCGAAGUUGAACGGAUACAUCCAGAUGGUUUUGCUAAGGUGCAUGUUUACGGAUUCCUGGAGAUUAUACGUACCCGGCUGAUCUCGUCUGUUGUGGCUGCAGACUCUGACUUGCUGCUAACCCUCGCUGGGCUCCAGUGUGCUCCAUGACGCCUCGUAUGAGGUCAGACAGAGGACAGCGACUCCACUUCCCAUUUCCCCUCAAAACCUCAACCCCCAAUGCUACAGAGGCACUUCAGCUUCCCAGAAUGCACCUCUCUAGCCAGCUGACCCCAGGGUCGGCAGCUGUCAAUCACAUCCUCAGCUGGCUCUGCAGCUUCUGGACAUAGACUGGAGGAUGUGAGGGAGGCCUCUGAGAGGAGCCCUGGCUCUGCAUAUGGGAUCAUCUCUGUGCAUUCAUGGCGGAGCCAGGAGGUGGUGGCGAGGGCGGAGGUGGGGAUCGGAGACCUGGGACUCCUAACAGGCUGAACUGAUUUCCUGUGCAGGGUCAUGCCCAGGACAGACUUGAAGGACAGGAGUUUAGGACUGCGGGGAGUACGGUCAUGAGCCAGAGAUGGAUUUAAAUGGGCCUUGUGAAGCUUCUCAGCCCAAAUGGAUUUUAUGUUUACACACUUGUCUGUCAGCUGAGCCACUCGAGGCCUCAGGUAUCCGAAGAGAUGGUGAGAUGUCCUCAAAGCCAGCGGUACCGAGUCUCGACCUGAGCAGCAGGAGGACGCCGGACACCUCUCCCGGACUGGAGCACCGCGGCUCCGGCUCCUUCUUGCCCUGCGAUGAGCUGCAGAAACCCUUGCACCUUCCUCCUGCUCCUCCUCCUCUUCCUCAUCGCCUCGGUCUGCGCGGGGAUCUGUAUGCAGCCGCCAUGGGGAGAUUUGGGGAUGCUGCUGCGGACUUUACGCACGGAGCAGCCCCGGCCAACCCGCCCGGCUCUCCGUCUAAACACACGAAGUUCAUCGAGAGUAUAAACCAGGAUCAGAAGGGCACAGUGAUCAGCGGCAAGCCUGCGUUUUAUGACAGCAACUCUGAAGUCAGAGAGAAAGGAGCUUCAAAGACUCUGGUCUAUCCUGGUAUUGGCACAGACUGCUGUGGAAAGCUGAAAGAGUCAGCUGCUGGUUUACACGGGGACUCUAUCGCAGACUCCAUCGAUUUAUCAGGCAAAAACAAGAAGCGGCGCAAUCGCACAACCUUCAGCACUUUUCAGCUGGAGGAGCUGGAGAAAGUGUUUCAGAAGACACACUACCCAGACGUGUAUGCCCGGGAGCAGCUCGCCCUAAGGACGGAGCUCACCGAGGCCCGGGUUCAGGUUUGGUUCCAGAAUCGCAGAGCCAAGUGGAGAAAACGGGAACGUUAUGGGAAGAUCCAGGAGGUCCGCAACCACUUUGCUGCUACCUAUGAUAUAUCUCUUCUCCCUCGCCAUGACACGUACCAGAUGCAGGGUAACCUGUGGCCCGGAUCUGCUUCAGGAGGAGGUGGCGGUUCGGGUGCUGGCUGCGUCCUCGGUGCUGACUCCAUCCCUUCAUCCUGUAUGAGCCCGUAUCCUCAUCCCCACGGCAACCUGCAGGGCUUCAUGGGCAUGCCCGCAUCCCCCGGCCAUCCUCAUCACCACCACCACCCGCCUCACCACCCGAGCAUUAACGGCCUCUACUCGCUCCACAGUUUCCCUGGAGGCAUAGGGCCCCCUUCCAUCGAGGCACCGGAAGCCGAGUACAAGCCAACGGGCCUGGUGGCACUGCGGAUGAAAGCCAAAGAGCCCGGCAGCCUUCUCUCCUGGCCCACAUGACCACGACAGUGCCAGCUCCCCACUAUGCAUUGACUGAGCCAAACGCAUAUUACAUUCCCUAAAGUACACACCCAGCUCAGCAUUAACUCAGAUAUUCCUCUGAACAAAUAUGUAAGCCAUCGUGGAGACUUUUAACGAGUCCAAGCAUAAUGGAACAGCAAUUUUGUUUCAUUUCAUUGGAGGCAUCUCGAGAGCCCCUUGCACGAAAACCCAGUUUAUUCAUAGGAAGUUAGUAUUUCCAGUUUUAGUGAGAUACCACAAUGCUGAGACCAAAGAGGAAAACUUAUUUAAGCAUGUAAAAAUUGUAAUUAUCAUAUUAAUCCUUGUUUUGUAAUGUCUGUUGUGCUUUAUAAUGUGAGCAGUA